AUGCUACUCGGCAAACAUCUAAACAUGCAAAUGUGGAAAGUGCUUCUGGAUUCCAACGCAGCGGAGCAAGCCGCGCGAAUGGCAGCGAUGGAGAAUGCUACACAAAAGGCGAAAGAACUCAUCGACGAGUUGGUUCUUCAACGCAACAGGGCACGUCAAACACAGAUCACAACGGAAAUCUCCGAGAUUGUCAUCAGCAGGUUUUACCGGGACUAUGGACGCCUCCAGGACAUUAUCGCUAUCCUGGCGUAG